UUUUUAAUCAGUUCGUCAAACUAGAUGAAGUUGAGUUUAUUACGAGGAGGAGAUCGUGAAAUGAAUUUAAAUUUACAUCAUUUACGAUGGGUUCCUGAAUUCUGGUGGAAUGUUGGCCAUUUUAGUAUUGUUUAAUAGUAUUAAAACAGACAUAAAGUGGAAUUAUGGCCCGUCUCGGAUGUCUCGGGUCCAUAUUUAUGGGCUUAGUUGCCCAAAUUUACCUCUCAACGGCUUACGAAUCAGGAAGUUUAUGCAUGUACCAGGCAAUGACAUUUUAUGAAAAUUUUGGAUUGGAAGUUGCUUACAAAAUUAUAAAAAGAAAACUAGGAUCUCGUGUUUACAUAUUCACCAAUUUGACCCAAGAAUGGGACGACCAAAAAAGACUUCAAGAUUACGAUCAAACAUUCAUGCUAAUAAUUGGAAGAACGGAAAAAAUGUACAACUUAUUCGAAAAACUGGAAGAAGUGAAUUUCCAAACCGGAUUAUUGGCCGAACAAAUAAUUGAUGGGAACAAACCGUAUUUGGACUGGGCAUCCGAAUACAUUCCACCAUAUAACGCGAAUGAAACGACAUCAGCAGAGAACAUGUCCCUUUCAGAUACAAACGAAGCAUUUACAUUUUGUGAAAAUUUCAUUAAUAAAAAAUACGGACUGCUUCCUCCCAACCACACCAUAUUUGCUGAUGUUGAUAUUGAAUUGAAUUCUAACCAUACAUCAAAAAGAAUGCCAAAGGACGUAGAGCCAUACCAAGAUUUACUCAAACAGACUCAAAAAGGCGAAAAGUUGCCACCUGAUGCAACCAUUCCUGGGUUAGAAAUGGAGAAAGACGAUAAUCUGCAAGCUAUGGAUGAAGAGGAAGCAUCCAUUAAAGAAAAACAGCGAUUAAUUAGAGAGCAACAGAUGAUCGAAGCUAAACGGAAAUUUGACAUGCAACAAGGCAGGUAUUACGAACGAAAUGAGCCACAGAUGUAUGAAAGAGAUCACCCAAUGCCGAAUUAUUACGAACGAAAUGAUCCCAGAAUGUUUUAUGAAAGAGAUAUACCAGGAAAUUACAAACAAAAUGCUCCUGGGGGCCUUCACGAAAGAGGUAUGCCAGGGUAUUAUCAGCGAAACGUUCCUCCAGAAUUUUAUCAAAGAAAUCCACCAGUGGAUUACGAGCGAAAUGCUCUACCGCAGUAUGAUUAUUACCGAAGACAUAUUCCAGUUGAAUAUGCACAAAAUGCUCCUCCAGAAUAUUACCGAGGGUAUCCUCCUAAUGCUCCACGAGAGUUCUACCAAAGAUAUGCUCCUCCCAAUUAUUAUGGACGAAAUGCUCCUCCAGAAUAUUACAGGAGGUUUGCUGUUACUCCAUCACCAGAUUGUGGCCAAAAUGUUCCUCCUGAGUUUUACCAAAGAGACAUACAAGAAAAUUAUGAACAAAAUGCUGCUCGAGGGUUUAACCAAAGAGGCAUGGCAACCAAUCACGCACAAAAUGUUCAAGGAGUGUCAUCUGCUAAGAACACACCACGAAAAUCUCAAAAUUUGAGAAAAAAUAAAGAUACAAGAGGAUCCAAUACUUCCGGUAAGCCAAGCAAAAAUGGACAAUGCUCAGACCAAGCAACACAAAAGACUGCUGCACGACGAAGGAGCUUUAUGGAAGCCAUACAUAAUUUCAUUUUCUCGGACAAAACAGACAAGGAAGAAACGAAUGCAAAUGAAGCUGAAGUUGGACGCAGGGGUAGAAAAAUAAGGAAACGAAUGCGUGCUCGUGAAUUUACUGAAACUUACCAACCUUACGAAAAAGUUGAUGAAAUGGAUCAGAAUGAAAUCGACGAAAUGGAAAACCCGCAGCCUGAUACUGUAAAACAUUACAUAUAUGUACAACAUGUUGACAAUCGAAAUGCCGCUAAUGAUCAAGCACCUAGAAAUGAACGUAAAUCAGCGAGAGCUUCUCAAGGAUCAAGGGCCAGAAAAAAUGAAAAACCAUCUGCCAGGGUUCGUAAAACUGUUCGUCCCAAUGCUCGAAAAGCAUAUGGUAUGAAUCAGGGAGAAAAUGUUGGAGCAGAUAUGAAAUACAAUUACAAAUGUGAAGAACCCAAUAACUACCAAAAAAACGAGCCAGUUUUCAAUUACAAAUCGAAUAAUGUUUAUGAUAACCUCAUGGCAGUUCAGAAAGACAACGCAGGUAUAAAUAACUACCAUGUACCAGGCGAUCACAUCAUUAGACCUCAAAAUGAACAAAAAGCAAUUCAGCAAAUUGAUAAAUUACCAGCAGUUCAUGUGAAUCAGUUCAAUAUGCGUGGAGACAGACCCAUGAGCAAUCCCAAUAACCUACCAGUUUUGCAUGAAAUGCAUGCGCAGGCCAUCCCAAAUUUAGGAGUUGCAAUGAAAAAUCCACCAAUAAACAACUUUGAAAAAAUCAAGCAAUCUAGAAAGGUGAAAAGUGCACCAAGGGUUCGAAAAAGUAGGGCCAAAGCAAUGAAAAAGUCGGCCAGACCGCGUCCAGUUGCAGUGAAAAAAUCAAAAAUGGUCACUUCUGCUCCUCAGUAUCACAUGGAUCUCGACGGUCACUCCACAUUGCAAGUUAUCGAUGUUCUCCAUUAUGAUUAUGAACCUAGGCAGAAUAUGAUGAUGCUCCAGUAACCCCUUUCCACUUUGUACAUUGAAAAAAAAAUUUUUCUAUUCAAGAUUAACCUAAUCAUAAGUAGUAUAGAGACGUAGAUUGUAUUUGUAUUUUUUUUUAUGGAAGAAAAAAAUGCAUGAUGUGAUCUCACCCUCACGUCAAUUCGACCUGUCUCAAAAUCCAUAAAUCAAAAUAUACUCGAAUCAACCAAAUUGAAAUUAAAAUUAAAAUUAUUUUCAACGCUUGUUCUCAAAA